UCGGAGUGGGAAGACUAGGGUUUCGGUUCCACACAGAGCAGCUCCCGCCCCCGACGAGAAGCAAUGGCAAGGAUCAAGGUACACGAGCUUCGUAACAAGACUAAGACUGAGUUGUUGGCUCAGUUGAAGGAUCUCAAGGCCGAGCUCGCCCUCCUCCGUGUUGCUAAGGUCACCGGCGGCGCCCCCAACAAGCUUUCCAAAAUCAAGGUAGUGAGGUUGUCCAUCGCCCAGGUCUUGACAGUGAUCUCUCAAAAGCAGAAGGCUGCUCUGAGGGAAGCUUACAAGAACAAGAAAUAUUUGCCUCUUGAUCUGCGCCCCAAGAAAACCAGGGCUAUCAGAAGACGUCUUACCAAGCACCAGGUAUUUCAUUUUACUUGGGUUUUGUGGUUCUCGAACCUGCAUUAGGUUUUUGAUGCUUGAUCUACUUUCUUGUCAUUAAGUGGCUGAUCUAGGUUUAUGAUGUUAGGCUGUACCUAAAGUUGCUAUGAACUUAGUUGUAAUACCUCCUGUGAAGUAGUGCUUCCUUUUGUUUCUCUAUAUGUAGAGGGGGUGCAUCCGAGGUGUUAAGCUAACUACCCAUUUUGCAAUAUGAGAUGAUCUGUGGAGACCAUUUUGAUUUAUAUGUGGCAUCUAAACUCUGAGUCUCCUGCUUACAGAGAUUGAGUUUUACAUUGUUAUUUGUUUCUCUUCUCCCAUUACCCUUUAAGAGAAGAUAUUACGACUCACAAACAAUGUGUUUGCGCUCACUGUUGCGGAAAUUUAACUCCAAAUCUCAUGCAUCUUGUGCAAAAUGUUGUUAUAUAUGUUGCGUUUUUUAUGAUGCGAGCUUGUAGUAUACAUCUUGAAUGGCUACCCACCCUCUUUUUUAAUGUGAUUUAUGCAUUUUAAGUUUGCUGAUAUUAUUGGAACUUGGCAUCUUUCUGUUUAGUUUCACUGUUGUCCUGCAUUUAAGUUGAUUUGAGCUAUAAUCACUGAAGCUACUUCUAAAAUUGUUUAUCCUGAUAACUUCAUUCAAUCCUUGUCCUCCCUCGCAGGCUUCCUUGAAGACCGAGCGUCAGAAAAAGAAGGAAAUGUAUUUUCCCAUGAGGAAGUAUGCCAUCAAAGUUUAGAGGGCUUUCGAUAUGUUUGUAUUUCAGAAUGGUGUUAAACUAAAUAUGGAUGUCAUUUUGCCGAUUUUGCCUCUAUUGGUAAACUUUUUGUUGAAAUAGAUGCUAGAUAAUAUGUUCAUUUUGGAAUACAAUGUCUUGUCGACCUCCUUUUAUAGAGGAUUUCCUCCUAUCUGUUUUGUUAUCUUCCUUUAUUUAAGGGGCUAAUUUAGCACAAAGGAUAUGUAAGUCACAAAAGGCAAGAGAAAUCUCAUCAGGGCUCAGGCUCUUAGAACAAGUAAUUCCAGUACCUAGCUUUUCCUUCCUUUGUUCUCGCCUUCUCGGUAUAAUCACAAUUGGAGGUCUGGAUCCCGAAUAGAGAACUGACAAUUCGCAUGAUAGGGAGUGUUGUGCGUAGUAGAUGCUUGCUCUUGUUUCAAAAGUGUUGUCAAGUUGUUCUUUUCGACAUAUGUCUAGUCGGUAUAAUCGUUAGGGGGCAGGGCUGGUACAUGCGUAAUUAUGGCCAUGGGGAGAUCGCUAACUGUGUAAUUAUUACCUUAGUGGCAUAGUCCAUGGACCUCAUAAUAGAGCUUUCAUCAAGUUGUUCAUAGCAAGCUAUACAUUAUUUUCCCAAGAUACGACCAAUCCAAACUAUUCUUUGAAGAAGUAUUGCACCUGAAAUGAAAGAACAGUGACCAAAUAUAGAAUUCAAAAUUAGGCAACAGCCAACGGUGCUAUCAUACCAAGCCAAUCGUUCUCAAGACUCACUCAGGUCUCUCAAAUCCUGCAAACCGGGAUUUUUCCAUUUUCAGCAAUGCGUAUCUGGUGAAUGUUAGAUCAACCAGAAAGCGAAAGAAAAAGACUGGGAUGCUGCUGCAGUCAGCAAAACUAAAUAUAGAUCUCCCCCAGUUGGGUGGAUAACUGGAUCAUUUCAUUGGAAUAAGUCAGAACUCAGAAGUCGACGUGAAAUUUUAAGUUGGUUUAUUACCACAAUCACCAUUAUUUUAAGUUGGUGAGGUCACCAACUGUGACUUCCGAGUGUGCUACCUAGACUUUAAAGGCCACUUCUCUCCAACGUAGUUUGUCUUUUCCACUCUUCCAAGAGUGGUAAUAGUAACAUUAUUAUUUCAGUUAAUGACUUAAUGUACUGACUUUGUGUUACCAAGCGGCACUCCCUCAAUCCUGAAAUUAUAUUUAGUUUGAAUUUUCAUUUUUAA